AUGGGCCAAGUACUGUCAGAGGAGAAGCCGGCCCCCCUAUCCCACGAAGAGAUCGUCAAGGAACUGGCCAACAUAUUUGCAGAAAAGUGCUUUACAUCUCUUGAGCUGUACUCGCUGAAGCAAGUCUUCAAGAGCCUGGCCGACCAUGAGCAGCGUGUAGGCUAUCUCAAAGAGGGCACCGUUGCGAAAUAUCUCAAAGUUCCCGGCAUUCUCGACGUCUCUGCUGUGCUCUUUCAGAUGGCAUCCUACAUUGCGGCCUUUCCUUUUCUGGAGGAUGCCCCCGCCGUAUUGGGCCUGGAGCAGAUGGUCAUAGUGAUCACUCUCGUGACUGACAGAUAUCGGCGCGUGUUGGGAAAGCGGGCUGCUGAUAAAACCAAGUUGCUAUUCAAGAGCCUGGCCGUUUACGAUCGCAAAUUUGCGAAACCGGCUGUCGACACGCCCAGUCACUCGAAGAACGCAAGAGAACAAAUCGGAAGUGAUGGACAAGGGCUCGACAAUGACGAACUGGUACUUGCUGCAUUCGAUGCUCUGGGCCAUGUGGGUUCUAAGAAACAGCAGAAUAUGCCCGCCGCUCACGGGGCUAUGAUACCGGGGGACAAUUUUCGGAAACUCAUCAUGCUCCUCCUUCUCGUCGCACCACUCGAUGGCCAGGACAGUUUGGACUCUGAUCCCGAUCGCGUGACCGGGGCCGGACUACAAAGUCUGAGGACAGCAGCCGAGUCUAUUCUGGCGGCCUUCCUUGACGUGGAGCAAAACCCAGGCAUCGAAUAUCACCGCUUCAACAAGGUCAUAGCCGGCUGCCUGCCCUUUCUCUUCCAAGGACUCGCCCCCCUUUUUGAGCAUUUUCUUUUCUCAAAGGAACUCGACUUUCACAAAGGCAAGGGUGAUACGUUCAGGUCCCCAGUUAUGCCUCCCGAACCCAGGCAACCGCUAUUGCAAGACACCGGGUCCAUCAUGAAUGCAAGUAUCCUAUCACAAAUGUCCUUCUUCAUCCCCGGUUCAUUUCUAUUCCGACGAAUACGCCUCCUAUACGCCGGAGAUCUAGACGGAUUCAGCAUGGGCAGUUUCGAGACGAAAGUAUUCAACUGGAGAGCGCCGACGAUCCUGCUUGUUAGCGGAACGCGCUUACUGGAUGAGUCUGACCAUCACAGCAACGGAUCAGUGCCGGCUUUCUGGGCCUCUUUGCCCCCGAGACGUUUUCCCCCCGGCAGCUCUGGCGAAGGUGAGCGACUCGCCUUCGGGGUCUACAUCUUCGAGCCCUGGAAACUCACUCAUAGGGAGUGCUUUGGUGGAGAGGAAACAAUUUUAUUCCAGCUCGAACCGAUACAUGACCUCUUUCGAGCAUCGCCACUAAACAAGGAUUAUGUCUCGUUCACCAGACCCUCAGCCUCAACGAGCCAUGCCGGGGUAUCAUUCGGGUGUCCACCGCCCAAGCCUAGCCAAGCAUAUCGCCGGUCAGGCAUGAUCCCACUUGGGCCCGUGUCUCUGAUGUUAGAUGGCAGCUUCGAGUAUGGCUGCUUCACCCAUGAUUAUGCUUCAAGCGGAGGGGCGUUUCAGACGAGCAUGGUCAGAGAGUAUAAUUUCCAAGAGCGUUUGACAUUGAAAGCGUGGAGGUCUGGGGCUGCGGCGGGGACGAGGAAGCAAGGCACCAAGCAGAACAAUGGGCGUGGGAAGCAAGAGAAGCUGAAGCUAGAAGGAGAAUCAACCUGGGGACGGGCGACAUUGAAGCCGACAGAGCAUUACUAG